ACCCGACUUCGCCACGACCUCAGUGAGAACACGUGUGACGUCUUUGGCGAAAGGGCCCGGGGAGGGAGAGGGGGAGGGAGUAUGAUGAUGGACGUGGGAGAAGGAAAGAGAGCGGGACAGGACACGGGUUACUCUACUGCAUCAUCGCCAAUUUGGCACACUCCACAGAGGGACGGCUCCCGAGGGAUGGCGGAGAAACCAAAGCUUUUUCGUCAAGAUUGUGUUCAAGAUCGGUCAGCGUUCGUCUGUGCUCUCUACCCACAGGCAUCUAGCAACCACUGUAGCCUCGACAGCGACCUAAGCGAUCAUCAGCCGCCUCACCGAGAACUGCAGUCGAGGAGAACUCUCGCCAGCGGCGUUUCGAAGAAGGCACAUACUAUACGGCACUGACAGAAGAUGAUGGGCAUCGCAUGUGGAUUAUUAGUAAGCUUGGCCAUUCUGGGCAUAUCCGCUGCGGUCAUUCACACCCUCAUUCAUCCUAACACAGGACUGGUUCUCUUGGCUAGGAACCAAACAGUUAAAAGACACUGAAAGAUUGACUUUUGAAACAGGAAAAUAUGGCCUCCAAAAAAAGGUCGCAUUCUUGCUACGAAGUUAACGAUAACAAUCCCUUUGUCCUUUCCGAAGCAUCUCUACUUUUUCACGCUUCAGGAGAUUCUAUAAAGGACUGAGAACUGUUAUGUAUAACAAAGGAAUCCCAGUAGAUAUAGUAAAUAGUUGUUGGUCCUUCUGUCACUUGCUGCACUCGACUGCAGUU